UGAUGGUUAACUGUCUACUUAACCUCUAGUAGUACAUUUAAGGCUUCAACCUUUACACUCUUAAGGCUCAGCACAGAUAGUUAGUCUCCCAAUUUUCAUGUAAAUAUCUGUUAAAAUGUCUCUAUCCAGGUGUAUUUUUACAUGAUAAUAGGUUUAGGUUAAGUGCAUCUUAGAAGAGGUUCUUCUGAUAAAAAUGUUUAUUUCCUUUAACAGAUUACAUGAAUUCAUCGCCUGGACAGAACUGUCCCAGCUCUGCUUCCAGUAGAAAUUCUUCUGGAUCUGUACAUCUCGCUGCCGUUGGUGGUGCUGUUCCUAAAGUAAAACUUCGUAAAAAGAUGACAAGCCACUCCAACAAUCCUUUACCUCACUCACAACCUUCCCACCAAGUAAAUCCUCCAAUAACGUCUCAACAACAACUGCCUCGAGCACAUCAACAUGCCACCACAAAUGGAUAUGCUCUCAAUGGAAGCAGUAUGCCUUUGAAUAGUAAUGGAUUGUCAAUCAAUGAAUUUCAAUCAUUAAUGUACAGAAAUAUGCCCAAAAAUCAGCUGCUGUUCGAUUGGCAAAGUGGAGAGGUUCCUUCAACUACCCAUAGAAGCUGUAGGAAUAGGCCUGCAUCCUCUGAGCUUUAUGAUUCAGCAUCCGAUGAAAGUGUAUCUCAGGAUAACCGUCAAAUUCCGCAAGUGAGCCACCCAUACAGAGGUAUCUUCUCUGAGGCAGCCCUUCAGUUACAUCGAUUGAGAAUGAAUGGGCAGGAUACUGGUUCUGGUGCAAGCCCAUCUGCAACACCAUCUGAGGCUUCCUCUCAUAGUGUAGCUCUUAAUCAUGGAGUAUCUUCUGAACAACAAAACCGAAAUGGAGAGACUAAUCGACGUCCUAUGAGUGAUACUAAAAAAAUGAAUAUUCCAUCAUCGCCCGAUCGCAUUCAGGUGGAACAUCGCCUGAGUCAAAUUCAAGAUUACAUCAAACAAACAUCAUCGCUGAUUGAGUCAUACAGACUCUCAGAUGCAGGGGCCACAGAUGACUCAAGAGUAGAAUUUCUUGUGGAAGUUCUUAAGGAUCUUCAUGACAGUGAAGCAAAACUUAAAUCCUUGCUCUCUGCCUUAGAACAGAUCACCAUUGAAGAUAAUUUGAAGACAAAUAUGGAAUCCCCGGCCAUUGAAGGUGCCAGCCGUCUGUCGCAGUCUCAAGACACUCAUCUCAAUGGGAAUGACCAUGUGGCCAAUGCAGUGACUACAACCCCCAAAUCAACAGACUCCAAAAAACAGAGUGAAAUUAAAAUAAAAUUUGAGGAAUCUCUAAGACAGCUUCAUGCUCUUCAAGCAGAGCAGGCAUUGCUCAUUCAGAAACGAAGUGAAGCACAAGAGCAGCUCCAGGAAGCUCAAAGAGCUCGGAAUAUAUUGAUGGCUUUGUCAUCAAAUGGAUGUCCUGUAAAUGCGCAAAGUGAAAACACUGGAUCAGAUGAGCAACUCUCUGAAUCCUUGUUGAAUAACUUCCAAGAUAUGGAAAGGCACUCAUCGCCUUUCAGGGGCAAAAGCAAGGUUGUAAGUAAGCCUGAGGCCCCUCAGAUCUCUCCCAAUAGAGAACUUCCAAACAGAAAGAGGCAGCUCACAGAGUCAGAAGUUACAACCUACUUGAAGGAGUUGAUGACUAGUGAUGAGGUGAAAGAGCAAGCCAGUAGUGAAGACAGUGCUGUUGAAGACGCUAUUGAUGAGUACGCGGAUGCUCGUGCACAAGUGCGUUUGCAGGGCCAAAUUGUUCAUGAUAAAGUUGCAGAAAUUAAUGCUCUUCGUGCACAGCUUGACCAAGCAAAGAGCUUGCUUAACCUUGCCAAUAGAAGAGAAACUAGAUCCCUCACUUCAGACACGAAUUCAGUUGAUGAGGCUGUGACAGACCAAGCCAUUAAUAUACAACGACAAAGGCUAGGGGAUAGUGAAGUUGCUGCACUGGAUGGUUCAGAUGCCAGGAGGAAUAAAACAAUUAAACAACAACUUCUCGAGCAAGAGCGAGCAAAGCUAGGAAGAUUGCGGGGCUUGCUGGCAACUGUUCAGGAGUAUCGGUCUUCUGGCCUCCCCAUACCUGAACACAUACUUAAUGAGUUUGGGAGUGAAGUGCAGCCCAACGCUUUGCAAAGUACUUCUCCAUCUCGCACAAGUGGCUCUCAGAGAGGGGCACAGGAGGAAGAUGCAGCAGCAGAAGCAGAUGCAGAGGAGGAUGAUGAACCAGAGUCGUCAAUCCAGUGGAAUCAGGAGCAAAUGUCCUUAGUUGAAAGUGCAUCAAUGGCUAGUGAGCUCUCACAAGGCCUUCAGCAACGAGCAGCUCAACUUCAAGUUGAGAGAGAUGGUCUUGCAGCCAUGCAGAGACAGCUUGAUGGUUUGUUCAGUCAGCUGCAGUCACAUCAGUCUGCAGAAAAAACAGAAUCAGCUAAUGCUAGGACACCAAGCAAUGCUGGCAGCCUGCAAGGCAGUUCUCCUUCCCAUCAAGGCCGCAGGAGUCAGAACUCUCAAGAAAGCAAGAGGGCGGAUGAGGCAGCACAGAGAAGGAUGGAAAUUUUGUCAGAUUUACAUAACAGGUGGCAACAGUUACAGGAAGAAAUAGCUUUAGAUGGAGAACUUAAUGCCAGAACUGCUCCUGUUCUAAAUGCAGCUCAAAAUGCUUUGACAAUAUUAGCUUCUCACAUCCAUCCUGUGACGGAAGCUUCUGAAGGCAAUGCUGGGCCAAUGUCAUGGGAUCAAAGAUCGUCCCAAGGAAGAGAUGAAACCUUGGCAAGAAGAGCCGGUGCUGCUCAGGUUCCUUCUCAAGACAGGCACUCUGUUGACAGAUUUCAAAUGUCCUCUGCUCCAAGCACAUUGAUGAGAAGAAAAUCACCCACAGAUGUUGCUAGAAAUCAGCGUGCUGUCUGGAGCUCAUCAAUGCUUCAAGGAGACACAAUGACUGCUGAAAAUAAUUCCUCUGAAUCCAUGAGGUACAAUGUCCUUCUUCCAGAGGAGACUCAACCUGUUGUUAGCAUGCCAUCCCCAUCUCCAAGUGUACUGCAGCAUCAAACACAAGAUGUAAGGAACCGUUUAGCAGCAUUAAGUCAGUCUUGUCAGAGCCUUUGUGUGGACAACACUGAUGUUUUCAACUCGUCGCCUGUGCUGCCCCUAAUGCCAGCCAUUCCGCCCCCUCCACCCCCUCCUCCAGGAGCUUCUAGUCAUGACCGAGAGGCUUAUUACCAACAACUUCUAGCGGCAGGACAAUUGCAACAGCAUCAGGUGUUGUUGACUGCUGUCAACCAGUGUUUUCAUAUGCUCAAAAUGCAGCAGCAUGAGCUUCUAAAUCUGAGCAAUUCUGUACACAUGCUUUCCUCUGGUGCCGGCCAUGUUGGGCCUGUUGGUGUUCUUCCUGGUGUUCACCACUCUGGUGUGCACCCAUCUGUCGAGGCUGGUGUUGGUGUGCACCAAGGUGUCCACCAGGGUGCACACCAUGCAGUCCACCCUGGCCUGCUCCAGAAUGAGGAGCAGUGGGCAAACCCAGCCCCUGCACCCUGUCCCCCGACCCUUAAUAAUCAAGUCCCUCCUGGCAAUCGCACCAACAAUUACUGGGACAACUUCCGCAGUUACUCGCGGCAGAAUCUGCUUUCGACCAGUGCAAAGAGCAAUGAAGGCUUGCCUCAUAGUCCAAGCCCUUUGGUUGAACGCUCUCACAACUCAUUACGGAGUUCAACUCCUAUGUCUGUACCGGGUUCAUCCGCAAUACCAGUUGCUUCUGGAAUGCCUCAGUUUCACUCCCUGUCGACUCAACCAUGCUUACCAGGAGUAGGUUCUGCUCUAACGCAGUCCAGUGGCCUUGACUCUGCCGGUGCUUCCCUUGGUGCAAUGGGGCCUGUACCUACAACCAUUGACUAUUCCCUCACAUCUCCUCUUGUUCAGAAUAUAUCACGGAAAGACAAACGCAACAUUGAUCAUAUUGAUGGAGGAUUAGGGUCACCAAGGCGACGUCCUUCAAAUGAGAUUGAUCACCGUUCAGCCUCGAGAGCUUUGGAAGAUGCUGCUUUACCUCUUAACUCCCAGUUGCUAUCCCCAACAUCACAGGAGUUUGAAGUCCCUUCCAUGCCAAUUUUACGAAAUAGUGUUGCUAGCCUUCAGUCUCGCCUGAAUCAAGUAAACUUGAACGCGGCGUCUUCAUUUGCCAACUUGCAGGAAUUUAUAGAAGCACAAAACACAAGACAACAAUUGAAUAAUGAGGGGGUUCCUUUCAGCGAAAUUUCCUCCUCAGUUUCAAACCAGCAGUUUAAUGAGACAGGAGCAUUUUGCUCUCUUGAUCAUGCAAGAGAGAACUCUCACUCUCGCCGCCUUAACAUGGAUUAUCAUAAUGGAACCACAGAAAAUGAACCACCAAGUUCAACUGUACUUAAAAGAAAUACAGGAGCAAUCAAGCGCACUUAUACCACAUUGCAAGGGGUUGCUAGUAAUGCUCCAGCAUUCUCAACAAACUAUCAAAGGAAUAUUCACUCAGCAACUACUCAUCCAUCAUCUGGCGCUCUGUCCAACAAUGCGGAAACAUCCAAACUUUCCUCUGUGUUUCCAAUGUCUAACAGUGAUUCAGAGGCAAUUUAUAAAUCAUCCAAGCAGCAGUCAGGUCAAGACACAGGAAGAACAUACAAUUGUAUUGGAAGAAGACCUGGUUUUCAGGAGGACCUCCAAGUUCCCUGCUCAACCACUUCUUCUAUGACCCGAACAAGGAUAAGAGGCAUAAAUGAAACUGAGGAUAACUCAAUCUUUCGUCAUGGAGAAGAAACUGAAUGUGAUGAUUCAAGUGCUUUACGAAGUGUAGGGUUCAACAACUGCCAAAGUUCUGCCAGUAGCCACAGCUCAUCUAGCCAGAAUAUGUCAAAUGUUGAGAUUCAUGGCUUUGGACCAGGAAAAAACCAACUGAAAGAGAGUUGUUUCCAAAUUCGAAAGUGUCCUAAAUACCAGACAAAGACAGGUGCACGUAGUCCUCUUUCGGACUCAACAGCAGUUGCUGCUGCUGCAGUAGCAGCUGUUGCUCAAAACUCUCCAGUUCAAUGUAACCCUCAUCAGGCUUCUUCCAUGAAAUCUCAAUCUGGAAACUGUCAACGAACUGUCAAUAAGAAUAAUCAGGAUUAUACAGUACUUAACCAUAUCUCUGGUCAAGGUCAAUUAUUUGAGGAACUGCGGGAGUCGGUGUUUGCUGAAAUGACGUCACUCAUUUCAGCCAAUGGGAGUCGAUCACACUUUUUGGUCCAACUUCUUAAAGAUCUACAGCACAUUAGUUCCGACUCAGUUAGACAAAGUGUACUUCAAUUGAUUCAGCAAGCUGUCAGCAGAUACCAGAUUGAUUUAAGCGCUGUUAGCCAAGAUGGAUUCCCUUCACCAUUUGAGGAAGAAGUGGAAGAUGAUGAAGAUGAAGCUAAGAGAAUUGACUUGCAGAUGCAAGAAAAAGACAGGCUUCCUUAUGCGGGAGCAUGCAGCUCCUCUGAUGUUAAGGUUUCAAGCACACAAGAAGGUGAGACCUUGAUGCAACUUGUAUUGGGUCUAGAACUGGCAGCAGUUUUGUCUGGAAAUUCAGAAGAAACUUGCUCUCUGAAUUUAAUGGAGGAUGUGCGAAGUAGGAUUCUUCAGCUAAUACCCAGCCCGCCCACCCCACCAGUGUCUAAUAUGCAGGCAUCAAACUCUACACGCUCUGCCUCAUAUCUUCACUCUCAAAUCGAUAGUGUAUUGGAAAGUGUUUUCCAGAAAUUCAAAGGACGCAGAAUUGGUGAUAUAAGGAGUGAAAUUACUUCAUGUGUUAUCAAUGCUCUACCAAUAAAACUAAUGUAUAGAAGCAUGGUUGACUUUUAUAGCUGUAACAAUAUGGAAGCUGAAACUCACUCAAGGAGGGAGAGCUCUUUCCGGGAAAGUACAUUGUCAUCUCCCUCCGUCAAUUGUGUCUCACCUACCUCCCAUUAUGCUCAGCACACAUCACAGAUGAAUCACCAAGAAGGGAGGGAUGCAGGGUUGUUAGGUGAAGCAUCCAAUGGAGAUUUGGCUGAGGCUGAUCAGUCUCAUCACACCCUAAACAAUGUUGAUGGUGAUGAUGAUUCAGAAGCCGAUAGAGACUGCUCAACUGAGGGGCCACUGUCAGCACCUGCAUCAGAUUCAGCCUCGACCCUGCUCCAUGUGCACGUGUUUCAACUUGGCGGCGCAUCAGGAGCUCCAGAAAUGGAGAUAGAGGGGGUGGGGCCACAUCUAGAGGAUGGAGAGGCAUGUGCAGGAGCUGAUAGGAAUAGUUACAGGAAUAACCCUAUUGGUGCAGUGGGAGGUGUUGGACUAAGCACAGUUUCAAAAAAUGGGCUGGAGGAGGCUGCUGAGCCAUGGACGGUGGAGCAGACCCACAACAGAGGUUGUGAUCAAGAAAACGAUCCGGAUCAAGAAAGGGAACAAGGUUUAGACCGCGUUCCUACUAGACUUGCAUGCGAUAGUGACAGGGAUCAAGAAAAUGGAGAAAAACAUAGAGCACACCAUCUGCCCAUGCCUCCUAAUGAUCCUUCAUGAGCAUCAUAGGAUUCAGCGUCAGGAGUGGCUGAUUUUUUUAACUUCACAUUGACAGUUUUCCAAAUAUAGUUUUAAUUAUGACUGCCUUUAAGACAAGUGGUUACUAAUUUAUACCCACAUUUUAUUUUAUAGCUCCUCUUCUAAAACUGUUUUUAAGUUUUAAUCUUUAAGAGAUUAUCUUAACAAUUGGUGAGAGGCCAUCAAAUAAUUGUUUGUUUUAUUUUAAGGAAGUCUUUCCAUGGCUUGCACAAUUGUAAGUUCCAUUCAAUUAGUAAAGUUGUACACUCUUAAAAUUUGUGAUAUUCGUUAAUUUAUAGAUAAGAUUUCUACUUCAAAUAGAUGUGUUUGUCUUGUUUUAUUAGUUUUCUACUUCAUCACAAAAUUUUAUGUCCUCUUGAUUCCCUAUGCAAGCUAAAUGUGAAUUUUUAAAAAAAUUAAUAAAAACUAAUUAAAAAUUAA